ACCUAAUUAAUCCGAAAACAGAGUUGCAGACAGAAAGUCAAGAAGAGAGAGAGAGAGAGUGAAGAGAGGGAGGGCGAAAGGAGUGAGAUUGAAGCCAGCGCUCGGCGCUUCUCUCCCUUUGACCCUCACCCCACCAAUCUCUUUCGUACUCGCUACAUAUAUAUCAUUCUCCUUUUACUUCAUUCACCCAUUCAAUCUCUCUCUCUCUCUCAUAGGAACCGGAUUUCAGAUCAGGUCAGAUCCAUUAUGAGUUCCAACACGAAGACGGACACGAAGGAGACAACCUCGAGCUCAACCUCGAAGGAGUCGAAAAAGAGGUUACCGGAUUUUUCGCAGAGCGUGAAGCUGAAGUAUGUGAAACUGGGGUACCACUACCUGAUGUCACACCUGGUGACCCUGUGCCUGCUCCCUCUGAUGUCCGUAAUCCUCAUACAAGCCUCUCAGAUGAAGGCGCAGGACAUUCAGGAGCUCUGGGCCCACCUCCAGUACAACCUCCUCAGCGUCAUCGCUAUUUCCGCCAUCCUCGCCUUGGGAUCCACCCUCUACAUCAUGACCCGCCCCACCUCCAUCUACCUCCUCGACUUCUCCUGCUACCGUCCCCCAAAUCACCUCACCGUUCACUUCCAAAAGUUCAUCCACCACUCCACCCUCACCGGCGACUUUCUCCCCUCCUCCCUCGAUUUCCAGCGCAAGAUUCUCCUCCGCUCUGGUCUCGGUGAGGAAACCUACCUCCCCGAGGCCAUGCACUCCAUCCCCCCCCGCCCCUCCAUGGCCGCCGCCAGGGAAGAGGCCGAGCAGGUUAUGUUCGGCGCCCUCGACAACCUCUUCGCCAACACCCGCGUCAAGCCCAAGGACAUCGGAAUCCUCGUCGUCAAUUGCAGCCUCUUCAACCCCACGCCCUCCCUUUCCGCCAUGAUCGUCAACAAGUACAAGCUCCGUGGCAAUGUCAAAAGCUUCAACCUUGGCGGCAUGGGCUGCAGCGCCGGCGUCAUCGCCAUCGAUCUUGCCAAAGACAUGCUUCAGGUUCACCGCAAUACUUAUGCCGUCGUCGUCAGCACCGAGAACAUCACUCAGAAUUGGUAUUUCGGGAACAACAAGGCCAUGUUGAUACCCAAUUGCCUCUUCCGCGUUGGUGGGGCCGCCAUUCUCCUCUCCAACAAAAGCUCCGAUAAAAGGCGAGCCAAAUACAAGCUUUUGCACGUGGUGAGGACUCACAAAGGGGCGGAUGACAAGGCCUUUCGGUGCGUGUACCAGGAGCAAGACGAUGCCGGAAAAACCGGCGUGUCUUUGUCGAAGGAUCUCAUGGCAAUUGCCGGUGGGGCUCUUAAGACUAACAUAACCACUUUGGGUCCCCUCGUGUUGCCUAUAAGUGAGCAACUUCUUUUCUUUCUCACACUCGUUGUGAAAAAGCUUUUCAAUGCGAAGAUGAAGCCUUACAUCCCUGAUUUCAAGCUCGCGUUUGACCAUUUCUGCAUUCACGCUGGUGGGAGGGCCGUUAUCGAUGAGUUGGAGAAGAAUCUGCAGCUUCUGCCUCUGCACGUGGAGGCUUCGAGGAUGACGCUGCACAGAUUCGGGAACACCUCGUCGAGUUCGAUUUGGUACGAGCUGGCUUACACGGAGGCGAAGGGGCGGAUGAGAAAGGGUAACAGAGUGUGGCAGAUUGCGUUUGGGAGUGGAUUCAAGUGUAACAGUGCGGUGUGGGAAGCUCUCAGAUACGUGAAUCCCUCACCCAAGAGUCCCUGGGAAGAUUGCAUUCAUAAGUACCCAGUUGAGAUUGCAUAGUUUCAUCUGAAAAAUUCUGGGUUUUGAUUUCAGAUUUCUUGCGUCAGGGAUAUAUAUGUCUCAUCUUCUACUACAUCUUUUCAAACUCCAUUGUAGACAUCGAUUGUUCUGUUUUCAUUGUUCCUUGAGUUGAGCUUUCGACAUUACUGUAUGAUGAUGAUCAUUACAUGAUUUUUUUUAAAUCUUCA